AUGAUUCGAGCGGACGUAAAAGCGAAGGCCGUGUUCCUGGGUGACAGCGGAGUCGGAAAGACGAGCAUAAUUCUGCGAAAUGACGGUCGUCCUUUCCAGGCGACUUACAGCGCCACUCUUGGUGCCAAUUUCGUCGUUUGCACCAUGUUCGUUUGUAAUUUCAAACUCAUUUUGUCCAUAGAGCAACUUUACUGGAAAAAAAACCGCUUUUUUGGCGGGAAUUCAAACAUUUUUCUCUAUUCGUAACGAAUAAGAUUUGGAAAAUUGCGGGAAUUUAUGACUAUUUUCAAGGCUUAACAAAAUUAUGGAAGUUUAAAAUUUACCUUUUUCUUUUUAAACAGAUGUGCGUCAUGUAAAAAUGGUGGAAACGUCAAAAAACGAACUUUAUUUCCAGAAAAGUAGGCGAUUCGAGCGUAGAGCUGCAAAUGUGGGACACUGCCGGACAGGAAAGAUUUCGGUCAAUGGUUUUUUUCCUUCUGAGAAGUUUGAAAGACCGGAAUUCCGCAGGUUCCCAUGUACCUGAGAAAUUCGCGCGUCGUGUUUCUGGUCUACGAUAUCACUGACAGAAAGACGUUCCGCAAUCUCGAUAGUUGGGCUACAGGUACGAAUUCGAAAAUGAAGAGAUUUUCCGACGAGAGAGGUCGUUUUACUUUGCAGUUGGAGAUUCCCUUGAAAUCGGAGAAAAUUUCCAGACGCUGACAGGGCGAACACCUCCAACGACUUCAAAUUCGUCGUUUUGGGCAACAAAAGCGAUUUGGCGAAGCAGAGACGCGUCACUACUGAGGAGGGACAAAGAUUCGCUGAUAGCAUCCAUGCGGUUCGUGAAACUCUCGAAAGAGGUCGCAUUUGGAAUGGUUUAGAGCGUCAUUUUUAACAUGGAGAUUGAUGAAAAUUGCGAUGUUUGGGAACUUUCUAUAUAUGAACGUAGAGAGAGCGUGAAAUUUUUGCAGCUUUCUGCUUCUCUGAUAUCUCUACUUCUCUAGUUCUUCCUGCCUUCUAAAAUCUCAAAAAAAAAAAACAAGAAAACAGAAUUUGAACGAGCCUUGUCACUAAGUAUACCGAGCAUGUACCUCAAAACGGAUCGAAAUGGUAUAAUAAUAUGUUCUUCGUCACACCUCCGGUAUAUACUCAGCACUAUCGGAGCUCUACCGGUAGUGCUGACUAGUGAGGGGCAUAUCGCAAGUCUAUCGCACUUUUCUAUGAUUUUGCAAGGCCGUGGUACCACCGUUAAACUUCAGACCCUUGGAUAGACUAUUGCCUCUAUCGAGAUACCCCUGCCCGAUUCGUGUGUGCCCUUCUUCUUUACUUCCUUUCUCUUUACCCGUUUCAACAUUUUUCCAGUUAUUCUUCGAAACGAGCGCCCUCCAGGACACAGGAAUCGCGACGGCCGUUACGAAACUCGCGCAGAGCCUCGUCAUUUCCGAGGCUGAGAAGAAAUCGCCGCCCCACUUUGACGGACACGAAGACGACGACGCUCCACUUGACGCGACUCCUGCCACUUUCGGCUGUUGUUUUUCAUGA